AUGAGACCCCUGUUGGUGCUGGAGGAGGAGGAGGAGGCUGCCAAAAAAAAUCCAAAGAGCAGCCCAGGUCAGGAAUUGGUGAAGGAGCAGCAGCAGCAGCAGCAGGAUGAGGAAGUGAAGAGGAAGGUGGCAUGGGCCGGAAGAAGUAGUGAUGACUACAUCUUCAGCCGCUAUUCAGUGGGCGAUCAGCUGGGCAAAGGAACAUUUGGUGUAGUGUAUGAAGGGAGACGGCUGGAGGAUGGUCUUAAAGUGGCUUUGAAAUACGUCACGAAGACCCAGAACAUGGAAUGUAUAUUCAUUCCCGAUUUUCCAGCUCCCCUUCCCAAAGAGAUCGCCCUUACCUUCCUGGCUAAUAACGGUCACCACGUGCCGCAAAUCAUCAGGCUGCUGGACUGGACAGACCACCCUGACCACUUCGUAAUGGUCCUCGAAUGUCCCUCUCCCUGUGAGAACCUAGUAGAGUUUGUCAGGCGUCACGGUGGAAGCCUCGACGAAGACACAGUGAGGAACAUCAUGUGGCAGGCGGCUCUUGCUGCAAACGUCUGCUGCCUCCGCAGAGUGCUCCACCGUGACGUCAAACUCGAGAACCUACUAAUAAACAGGGAGACAUCCGUAGUCAAACUGAUUGACUUCGGAUGCGGGGACAUUCUGAGGAGGUCACCAUACGGGUCCUACUAUGGCACAGCAGUGUACUCCCCGCCAGAGUACAACAGCUGGGGGAUGUACUACGGCAGGCCAGCGACGGUCUGGUCACUAGGGAUUGUAAUGUUCACACUGCUGUGUGGACACUUCCCUAGUGACUUUGACUUGUUCUUGCUGCAGUACAAGCAGUUCUGCAAACCCGGCCUGUCAAAAGAAUGCUGUCACCUCCUCAGGGCUCUCCUCCAAGAGAAGCCAAGUGAGCGACUUGGCUUGGGGCAAAUCCUGUCCCACAACUGGUUUAAGGUAGUGAACCUGAGAUCAGCUAAAGGAAUUAAUAUCCUUAUGUUAUCUCAUGAGACCACUCCAGUUGGCGUCUCUCACGCAGCUUUGCGUCUUGCGGGCUGCAGUGGGAGACGCUUCCAUCCCUCCUCUCGCCUUUGCGUCUUGCGGGGCGAGCAAGCCAUGUGUAGCGUCUUGCGCCUUGGCUUGAGGAAGCAGUACUUGCGUCUGGCGCUGUCCAAAUAUCAGAGCUCCACAAUUAAAGAGCUCCCGUUCUCUGCCAACCAUGCGAGCCAAUGA